AUGUUUGAAAUCAUGGAAAGCGGGAACAUCACAAUGGAUUUCAUUCUUCUAGGACUCUUUAAUCACACAAGUGUCCAUGUAUUUCUCUUUGUGAUGGUCCUGACAAGCGCUUCCAUCUCUCUGUUGGGCAACACCCUCAUGAUUCUCCUGAUUCACCGGGACCCGCGGCUCCACACACCCAUGUACAUCCUACUGAGCCAACUCGCCCUCAUGGACCUGAUGCUCGUCUCCACCAUCGUGCCCAAAAUGGCUGCUGACUAUGUAAUUGACAUGAAAUCUAUCUCCCCCAGCGGCUGUGGUCUCCAAAUAUUCUUCUUCGUCACUCUGGCAGGGGGUGAGUGUUUCCUCUUGGCAGCCAUGGCCUAUGACCGCUAUGCGGCUGUUUGCCACCCGCUGAGAUAUCCCAUCCUCAUGAACUGGCGAUUAUGCUUGGGAAUGACUCUGGGGUCUUGGGUCCUGGGGGCAGCUGAUGGACUCAUGCAGUCAGCUACUACCCUGAGCUUCACAUAUUGCAGCGCACGAGAGAUUGAUCAUUUCUUCUGUGAGGCCCCCACUCUGGUACGUUUGGCUUGUGCUGACACUUCUGUCUUUGAGUAUGUCAUGUACAUAUGCUGUGUGUUGAUGCUGCUGCUUCCAUUUUCCCUCAUCCUGAUGUCCUAUGGUCUCAUCCUCGCUGCCGUUCUCCGCAUGCGCACUAAGGAAGCCCGAAAGAAGGCUUUUGCCACCUGCUCCUCGCAUUUGGCGGUGGUGGGACUCUUUUAUGGAGCAGCACUUUUUAUCUACAUAAGACCCAAAUCCUACCGCUUGGCUAGCCAUGACAAGGUUGUGUCUCUGUUCUAUACCAUUGUCACCCCUGUGCUGAACCCCCUCAUUUACAGUCUGAGGAACAAAGAAGUCAAGGGAGCCUUGAGAAAGUGUCUGGAUCAGUGUGCUGCCUUAACUCGUAACUAA